AUGCUCACACUCACAUGGCCAGGAGCAACUUUUGUCCACCCUCUCUCUCUCUGGCUACUCUUGCUUUCCCCACACCCAAGCGACGGCAGUAUUAUCACCAGCAUCACCGCGGCCGACGCCGAUGACGCCGCCUUCGCCUCCGCCUCCGCCGCCAUCGUUAUCAUCGUCAUUUCCAUUGCUGUUCUUCUUGAUGCUAUCACCGUUCUCACCAUGCCCGUCAUCACCACCACAACCACCACCGUCAUCUGUGGCGUCCAAGGUUUUGCUCGUGCGGCAGUCCGUGGCGGGCUGCAGGGAAGACGAGGCAUGGCCUUGCCGUCAUGUCUGCUGCAAGUCCUGACAAGGUCCAAGCCAGCUGAACUUGCCCACCCUUACCAGGCUCUGCAAUCAUACGCCUCUGUCUCGCACGCUGCAACGACCCAAGCCACAUUCGUAGACAGCGCGCCUGAGCGACUUCGGACUUCCGGCUCUGGUUGGUCCGUCACGGAAAGUAGCCAUUGCCAGUGCCCUGGUGGGGCCGUCGACUGGCCUCCUUUUCGUCUUGGCCGCUCAGCUCCGUUCGUACUCGACAGUGCGAAUGCGGUCACCAAACAACUGCCAAUCCAUCACCAGCCUCACCCAUGGGCGCUAAUGCAAGACGCUGCGUCUUCACACCACUUUGUCCCUAGUGCUGCGUCUGCACCACUAACCCGAGUCAGCCACAAAGACAAUUCUGCCUUGAUUUCCUUUUCCAAAGUCACUGCCAGAAGGGAAAAGGUGUUAGCCGCCGUUGACUGA